AUGGGCAAAUGUAAGAAAAUUGGUAUUUUGACGUCUGGCGGUGAUGCACCUGGUAUGAACGCCUGUGUUCGUGCUGUUGUACGUUAUGGUAUCUCCAAGGGUUGUGAAGUCUUUGCUGUUUACGAGGGUUAUCAAGGUCUUGUCGACAAUGGUAUCAAGAAGAUGGAAUGGAAGGAUGUUCGUGGUUUUCUCAGCAUUGGUGGUACAAACAUUGGUACUGCUAGAUGUAUGGCUUUCAAAAAACGCGAGGGUAGACUCCAAGGUGCCUACCAUUUAAUUAAAAGCGGUGUCGAUGCACUCAUUGUCUGCGGUGGUGAUGGUUCUUUGACUGGCGCAGAUCUUUUCCGUUCAGAAUGGAAUAGCUUAAACGAAGAAUUAUUGAAGACUGGUAAAAUUACUCAAGAAGAAUCCGAUGCCUAUAAGCAUUUGAAUAUUGUUGGUUUGGUUGGAUCUAUUGACAAUGAUAUGUCUUCCACUGAUAUUACCAUCGGCGCUGUCACCUCGCUUCACCGUAUCUGUGAGGCUGUUGACUCCAUUAGCACCACUGCUUUAUCUCAUUCUCGUGCUUUUGUUGUCGAAGUCAUGGGCCGCCAUUGCGGUUGGCUCGCCCUUGCCGCUGGUAUUGCAACUGGUGCUGAUUUCGUUUUCCUUCCUGAACGUCCACCCAAUGAAAACUGGGGAGAUGCCUUAUGUGCCGUUGCACAUCGUCACCGUCAACUCGGAAAACGUAAGACUGUUGUCAUUGUUGCUGAAGGUGCCAUAGACAGCAACUUGAAACCUAUUAGGCCUGACGAUAUCAAAAAUAUUCUUUCUGAGCGUCUUGGUCUUGAUACACGUGUCACAACACUCGGUCAUACUCAGCGUGGUGGCUCUCCUGCCGCUUUUGACCGUAUUUUAGCUACCAUUCAAAGUGUAGAAGCUGUAGAUGCUGUUUUGAAUUCUACCCCUGAAACACCUUCUCCUUUGAUUGGUAUGAACAACAAUAAGGUUACAACUGGUCCUCUCAUGAAAGCGGUCGAGUUGACUCAUGAAGUUGCUGACUCAAUUGCUAAGAAGGACUUUGCACGCGCUAUGGAACUUCGUGAUCCACAAUUUGCUGAUGAAUACGAGGCUUACACUGCAUCAACCAUCAUGGAUGAUAGUACGAUGUCCAUUCCUCAAUAUCGUCGCUUGAACGUUGGUAUUAUUCACGUUGGUGCACCAGCUGGUGGUAUGAAUGCUGCUACUCGCACAGCUGUUCGUUAUUGUCUUAAUCGUGGCCAUAAGCCUUUUGGUAUUUAUAACGGUUUCCCGGGUUUGGCUCGUGGCAAUAUUGAAGAGCUUACUUGGAUCGGUGUAGAUGGCUGGACACACAGAGGCGGUUCUGAACUAGGUACCAACCGUGCCGUUCCCGGUGAAAAUACUGAUAUGGGUACAAUCGCUUAUCAAAUUCAACAGCACAAUAUUCAAGCCCUCAUGAUCGUGGGUGGUUUUGAAGCUUUCUCUUCCGUUAUCAACCUUGAGGCUGCUCGUAAGCAAUAUCCAGCACUUCACAUCCCUAUUGCAUUGAUUCCUGCUACUGUAUCCAAUAAUGUGCCUGGUACAGACUUUUCUCUUGGUUCCGAUACAGCUUUGAAUGCUAUUGUAGAAUCAUGCGACGCUAUUGUGCAAUCUGCUCGUUCUUCUCGUCGUCGUGUCUUUAUUGUUGAAGUCCAAGGCGGCCGCUCCGGUUAUCUCGCCGUUGAAGCUGGUUUAGCCAGUGGUGCCAGCACAAUUUAUAUUCCUGAAGAAGGUGUCAAUCUUGCUCGUCUUCAAUCCGAUUCUCGUCACUUAAUGGCUAUGUAUAUGGAUGAUGCUGCUGAUAAAUCAGAAGGAAGAAUUAUUUUGCGUAAUGAGACUGUCAGCAAGACUUACACCACUGACGUUAUCUCCGACAUCUUGAAGGAUGAAGGUCAUGCUCUAUUUGAUUCUCGUACAGCUGUUUUGGGUCACAUUCAACAAGGUGUUAACCCUAGCCCAAUGGAUCGUAUCAGAGCCACACGUCUUGCUAAAUGUUCUAUUGACUUCUUUGAAAAACACACCUCAUAUGCACUUGAUCAAGCAUAUCGCAGCAAGAGCCCUGCUCCCAUUGAACUUACUAAUGCUACGGAAUCUGCUGUAGUCGUCGGUCUCUCCGGUAAUUGUGUCACUUAUCGUCCAGUGACUGAAUUAAUUGCUGUCACAGAUAUGAAGAACAGAAAGCCUUUGGAUGCUUGGUGGAUGGUUCACCGUCCUCUUGUUGAUCUUUUGUCUGGACGUGGUUUGUUCACUCCUGAAGCUCAAGCAACAUUGAGCCGCGACAUCUAA